CUUGCUGAAUCUUUUGAUUUAACGAAAUUGUUUUUCGCCUUUAAUGAACAUCCAAUUCACGUCACCAAAUAUCGUUAGAAUGCAUUCACGAGUGGUAAAAGUCUUGCUAGCUGGGCGCUUGCCAUAUGGAGUAGGUCUACAGUUACAAAAGGCUUUAUCAGAUCAACAUCAUCAUAAACGUUCGAACAAAAUUGCAAAUACACUAGUACUUCUGGAGCACGAACCCGUAUACACAGUAGGGAUACGGAACAAGGGAUACACGGAGGAGGACGAGAGAAAACUGAGGAGUCUCGGUGCAGAAUUUUGGAGGACAAAUCGCGGCGGACUGAUCACUUUCCACGGACCCGGUCAGUUGGUGGCUUAUCCGGUACUCGAUCUGAAGGAGUUUCAUACCAGUGUCAGGUGGUAUGUGCACGAAGUGGAACGUAUGGUAAUACGCGUGUGCGCUGAACUUGGUAUCAAGGCUGAGACUUCACCAGACACCGGGGUCUGGGUUAACGAUCGUAAGAUCUGCGCCAUAGGUAUCCAUGGUAGCCGCUACAUUACAACUCACGGUCUUGCACUCAACUGUAACACCGAUCUCAAGUGGUUUGAUUAUAUUGUGCCCUGUGGUAUUGAAGGCAAGGGCGUGACUAGCAUCUCUAAAGAGCUGGACAUGGACGUUACAGUUGCUGAUAUACUGCCGAUCUUUAGAAACGCCUUCAGCGACCAGUUCGAGUGUGAGUUGAUCGAAUAUCCUCUUGGCGAAGCAUCACAGCUACUACGAGAUGCACGUCGUAGCGUUUCAAAAGUAUGAUAGUUACAAUUGGAUUUUAAGGAAUAGACUUGUGAAUUUUAACGAAGCUUUUUUUGGUCGUUCUUGGUCUUGACAGAUUAAAGUAAUAAUGUUGAAGAUGGUGUCUUUGAACUCGGACUUACGUAAAUUUGAUAAAUAUACAGUUUCGGAUUAUUUCUUAUAGUAACAAUAAGUUGAAAACUAGACCUGUAUGUGAACACAAAGAAAAGAAAUGUCAUUUUUUAGUCGAAGCCAGGACGGGGUGAUAUCUUUCGCAAUAAAUCCCAGCAUGUUUACUAUUGGGAACAACCUGAAAUUUUCAGGAAAUUAAUUUUGUAUCUUUGAAAAUCAACAUUAAAAUUAUAUUAUUAAUCUUAACAUAAUUUAUCUUUUAUAUUUCUUUGUGUGCAUGUAUGCAUACGUGCGUGUGUAAAUUUAAAAAUUUUUACAUGCUUCUUUUGAAGCAAUUGGAUGACGAGCAUUAAAAAUUUUUGUAGAUAUAGUGAUUUCCCUAAAGGAAAAUUAAAAAGAUUUUUAUGACAUUAUUUUAGAAUUAGAAUAUGAUAAUUACUUUAGUGAAUUGGUGAUGCAAGGAUAUGAAUGCAUAUUUACAAUUGUUCAAGAGAACUGUUUGUCAUUUUAUGUGACUGCAACAGAAAACAUUCGUAAAAGUUUACCUGCAAUUUAUUUUUAUCAAAAUUAGCUGUUUUUAGACCUUUUAUAAGUUUAUUUAAUACCAAUAGAAAAGUAUAAUCAUUCAAUGAUAUUUCGUAGCAAAAACUUGCUUACAUUUCCAGGUAAUUAUGAUGAAGACGCAUUAGAAAAGAAAGAAGAGACAGAAUUAAUUGUAUUGCUAUUAGAUUUCACAAUAGUGGAGAAACGAAAUCUUUCUACAAAAAGAUUGAAUGAAAUAAUGUAACAAUGUCAAGUUUGUACAAGUAAAACAACAACAAAAAGGUAAAUAAAUGGGCCUUUAAACGAGCAAAUUAAAAAUAAAAGAAUACAUAUUUAUUAUAAUAGGAAACAACGUCUGAGUAACAAUUUAAAACCUUUAAGAGUAACAAUUUGAUAUGUAUGUUAGUAUAAAAAAGUCAAUCUUCAAACGCGUUUUGUGCUGCAUUGAGUCUUCAUCAGUGAUUCAAGAUAAAAUAAAUAUUGAUUCUGACCCUGUGAUUACGAAUCAAUUAACAGAAAAAAAGGCAAUAGAGUCAAAACGCCAUUCUGACCUCAUUGCCUUUUCUGUUAAUUGAUUCAUCAGUGGUAUUAUUAAAAUGACCAUAAAAAUAUUCAUUAUAAUAGAAAUAAUUGUUAAGGACGUAUAUAAGUAAAUAGUGUAUGUUUAAUAAUUGGAAUGCUAUCUCGGAUAUCAUCAUGAAUUAUUGGACAUUUAACGAAACAUGGAAAAAAAUUUGUAAUUUUAGGGUUUAAAUGUUGCUAAAUGUCCAAAUUUAAAGUAUUUUGAAUGCAGUCCGAUUACUUUGAAUGCCGAUUUCAAGAAAAUUUUUUUCUAUUUGUGAUUUCUAUAAAUAUUUUCUAUAAGUGAUUUAAAAAUAAGAAAAUGCAACAAAUUAUCAUUGGAUACCGUUAAUUUCGCUUGCGUUAUCAAGUGUGCGUUUUCAUUUAUCACUCAUAACAAUCUUAGAAAUAUUUUACAAUUAUUGUGAAAUUUAUCAAAUAUUAAUAAAGGCAAAUAAU